CUAAGAACCAGCUGAACCCCACUGUGUCGAGCUCUGUUCUAUCGUCAUUUUCUUUCUUUCGCGAUCAUGUCUUGACUAUGCGCUUUUCCUGCGCCGUCGCAUAAUGGCUACUCUGCCGCUACUUUACAUUCUCAUCUACCCGCUGUUCCUGCUAUGCACCUCGGCGAUUGCAUCCCCCGAUCAAGAACCCCGAUUCCGCUCCGAAAAAUAUGCCAAGGGCUUCGAAGGUCCAUACCCACUACAACGUUAUCGCUCCGCGGAUGUAUCAGGCCCGAUUUUAAACUAUUGGCACCGCAGUGUAGCCUGUGAGGAUGGAUUGUAUACCAUCCUGGCGCCGCGGGGUGAUUCGGUGCGGCAAUCGGGCCCGAUGAUCGUGGAUCAGCAGGGACAUUUGGUGUGGUUUAAAAAGUACCAGACCACGUAUAAUGCGAAUGCGCAUCAGUACAAGGGAGAGCGGUAUCUGACUUUUUGGGCGGGUGAUGAUUCCAUUCGAGGGCAUGGAGCAGGCUCGUAUUAUAUGCUCAACUCUCACUAUGAAGAGGUAUACAAAAUCCAAGGUGCAAACGGCUUGUCUGGAGAUUUCCACGAAUUCCAAAUUACGCGCGAUGAUACUGCGCUUUUCGCCGUUUACGAAAUACUCCAGACAGACCUCCGCGAAGUCAAUGGACCGGAAAAGGGCUGGAUCUAUGACGGCUUAUUCCAAGAAGUCGAUGUGGAAACCAACGAACUACUCUUCCAAUGGCGAGCAUCGGAGCACUUGUCACUCCAAGAAGCCGAGCGCGAUCGCGAAACCGACGGCGAGACCGAAGACAAUCCAUGGGACUUCUUCCAUAUCAAUAGUAUCGACAAGGACUGGCGGGGGAAUUAUCUUAUCUCAGCACGGUACACGAAUUCACUAGCCUACAUCGACGGCCGAACGGGCGAUUUCAUUUGGAAACUAGGUGGGAAGCAGAAUUCCUUCACGGAUCUGAGUCACGGUGCAGCAACGAAUAUCAGCUGGCAACACCAUGCCAGAUUCCAAGUGCGAACCGACACGAACGCAACCCGAAUGAUAUCCCUCUUUGACAAUGCUUCUCGCGGCGAAGGCGCGCCCGAACACACGAGUCGUGGGUUGACCAUUGAAAUCAACGAGGAAACCAUGACGGCUGCCGUGGUACAAGAGUACUGGAAUCCAACACCGAUCAGCAGUCAAUCCCAGGGAUCGAUGCAAGUCCUCGAUAAUGGGGACGUCGUCUUGGGAUACGGGUACAGCGCUGCAUGGACGCAAUUCACCGCGGACGGAGAACCGCUCUGCGAAGUCCAUUUCGGUCCACGGAUUGAAUUCCAUGGUGGCCAGAUUGUUUCGUAUCGUGUUUUCAAGCAGGAAUGGGUCGGUCUACCGUUGACCAGUCCCUCUGUCGCGCUAUCCGGGACGCAAGCGGCCGUCAGCUGGAAUGGAGCUACUGAAGUUGUGACGUGGGUUUUACAGGGUGCUUCACCCGGGGUGAGGGUGAAUGGGAAUGACAGCGCGGUGGCUAUUCGACAGAAUGACGAGGAACAUGACCUCGAAUUCGAAUUCAUUACUGCUAUUCCGAAAAGUGGAUUCGAGACCAUCAUCCCCUUGCCGGCCGAUACGGUGUAUGGCAAAUUGCGGAUCAUCGCCCUUGACAAAAAGGGUAUCUCGCUGGGUGCCACGAAGGCCUUGGACUGGGAGCCAGAAGAGAUGAACACUCAGGUCGCCGUAUAUAGUGGCCAGGAACCGCAUGAUGAUGGGAAGACGGGAGCAGCACCAGACGCAAUAUCCCCCUGGGCCAUUGGAAUUGGAUUGAUCACCGUGUGCAUACUCGGGUUUUGCGUGUGGCUCGUGUGCAAGAUUGCAUACGGUCUCUCUUUGAAGGGCCUGUUUACCCGUGACAAAGACGAACAAGCUUGGCAGAGGGUGUCUACAGGGGAAGAAUUGGAAGAACUAGACGGGUUCGGUGAUAUCGAGUCUGGGGAUCAUGCGAGUGACUCUUUACUGAAGCAACGGGAAGAAUAAGGGACGGGAUCGGUCGAUUC